AUAGCGAAGCUUGACCCGUCCUCUCAUCCAAUUGGCUCUGCCCUCUGCGCACAAUAUAUACGAACUGACCGUUCGUCGUUUCAAACUUUAGCUCCGACACAUAACCGUAGAGAGGGAGAGAGCGAGCGCCAGAGUUUAGAAGAGAUCAAGAUGGCCCGUACCAAGCAAACUGCUCGUAAGUCCACUGGAGGAAAGGCUCCCAGGAAGCAGCUCGCUACUAAGGCUGCUCGUAAGUCAGCCCCGACCACUGGAGGAGUCAAGAAGCCUCACCGCUACCGUCCUGGUACCGUUGCUCUGCGUGAAAUCCGUAAGUACCAGAAGAGUACUGAACUGCUGAUCAGGAAGCUCCCCUUCCAGAGGCUGGUCCGUGAAAUUGCUCAGGAUUUCAAGACUGAUCUGCGUUUCCAGAGCCACGCUGUCCUGGCUCUUCAGGAAGCUGCGGAGGCGUACCUCGUGGGUCUGUUCGAGGACACUAACCUGUGCGCUAUCCACGCCAAGCGUGUGACCAUUAUGCCCAAGGACAUUCAGCUCGCUCGGAGAAUUCGCGGUGAGCGUGCUUAAGAAGGCCCUCAUCUCAGAGGCUAGGUGGCGGCGGCAGUGGUGGUGGCAAGGUGGGGCUGUGUUUCUUUUGUUAUUGAUAUUGAUGUGGGAAGUUAGGGGUUAGGUGUUGUUAGAUGGGUAGGCGUCUGUUAGUAGUUGGCCGAGUCUAAUAUGGUAAGGGAGGAGUGGGGAAGGUAAUGGUGUGCAGUUGUAACUUUUGAGGGGGUAAAGGACCUGGUGGUGUGCAGCAGCUGAUCUGCUGUUAAUAUUUUGUGCAAUUUGUUUUCUGUCUUCCUAUCGGGCUCUUGAUGGAUGUUUGAAUAGCCGGUGUGAUGCACUUAUUCGGUGCUGGAACACAUAACUAUUAAAUCUAAGCUCAGUUUGUUGAAGAA